UGCUGCAGUAGAAGAGGAGACAAACAUCGGGGGGCCCCUCAGCACUUUGCGUCAGCGCUAACGUUAUUAGUUAAUAAGUCACCAUUACACCCUAACCUCCACCCUAACAAGGAAGCUGAUAUCGCCACCACAAUCAAACCGUCACCCCCUAACAAGGAAGUUGUAAUAUGAGCUUGCAAGGGCCAUGGAUGUGGGUGGUGGUGGUAGUGACGUGUAUGGGUAGGCAGUCCGGCGUGCUCAGCAACGCCCAGGAGCUCCUGGUGGGGAUCGACGCUCAACACUGCCAGCUGAGGAAGACCGUCCUCUACUGUCAUUACAGCGAUGGCAAUCAAGUCGUUAGGUUAGAAGAGGUGGAGACAAAUGACCAGGUAGUGGAGCGGGUGACAGUGACCGGGGCCAGAAAGCUUCUGCUGGGCGACUCCUGUGUGAACAUCUCUCUCGAGGAAGUGGCUGAAGUGGUGGUGGCGAGGGGCACUCGUCCUCUCUGUAACACCGACCUCGAACUCUCCGCAAAGAAAUCGACCCUCGACAGACUUCCCGACUGGGUGAGUCGAAUUCAUCUGGAGGAGAGCUCCGUCAUUUCGAUAGUUACAGCAGCCAGCAUUACCAGUCUCACUGUUAUCAAUUGCGUCAUCAAGGUCCUCGAUAUCUCCAAGCCUCUACCGGCUGGAUCCGUUGCUAAGUUUAUUUCUUCCAGUAUCGACACUCUUCAGAGACUGGAGAUAGGCGCCGGGUCAACACUCACUCUAGAGCAUCUGACGAUUGACGUUCUGGCGUCUAAGGGGCUCAUCUUACGUGGCGGACAUACGGAAAUCCGGUCAUCAUCUGCAACAACGGUGAUGGAUGACAGUUUAGCACUGGGUAGUGAAGCUACUCUUAGUAUAGUGAAUUUCUCUGGCGAGUUGAAGGUUGGUGUCCUUAUCGAUACUGAAACAAAUCUGUGUUACUCUAAAACAUAUUUCUGGACCAUGAUCACAGCCUUGACUCUCUUUGCUGUUCUAUGCUUAAUCGCGUUAUUCAUUAUAUUUGCAAGAAGACGAAAGCGCUCAAGCAACAAAACCAGAACGUUCAUUUACGAAGCAACACAUUCUUCGUAACUUUUAAACCUCUCACCUUUAGGACCUUGAAAUCCUAAAAUAAUUGUUAUCAGGUAAAAUCAGGGUAAAUGAUAGUUUUUUUUUAAACAAAUGGAGUAUACUUGUUUCACCAGCAGCCAGUCAGAAAAAGAAGUAUGGAAUUAGGGCUAUCAGUCGAGCUGAUGUUAAUUAAUGAAAAGUAAAACGUUCCAUAUGAUUUAAUUCAAUAAAUUUUGUGGAGAAAAAAA